AUGGUGCUGACGCGAAGAGUGGCCCUGCUUCUCUACCCAUGGGUAUUCCAGCUGCUAAUCCAGCGAACCUUCGCAAAUGGCAUUCUGGCGAAUGAGGGGAAGGAGGAAAAAGAUGAUGUGCAUAAAAUUAUAAGUGAGUUACGGUUUCUACAGAAGGUAGAGACCAUUUUGGAGAACAGCAACAUGAGCGUUUCAGAUGUAGAGGCAGAUGUGAAUGCAUACAAUCCGGACAAAAACGCCCCCAGGGAAGAGCUGGAGAAGCUCCAAGACCAGCAGGAGGAACCUGAGAAACAAAAUAGUCACCUACGUAAGAACGUACAAGGAACAGAAGAAAAAAAAGAGUCCUCCAUAAAAAACAAAAAAAAGUUACGAUUAAUCGUCAGUGAGAAUCAUGCAACGACGCCGUCCUUCUUCGAGGAGUCUCUACUUCAGGAAGAGGUGAUGAGCUUUAUCCAGAGUAAAGGGAAGUUGUCCAAUUUAAAAAAUCUGAAGUCGAUAAUAAUCGAUCUGAAUACCGACAUGACGGAUGAGGAGUUGGCAGAGUAUAUUAAGAUGCUGGAGAAAAAGGGGGCCCUCAUAGAAUCGGACAAGCUGGUGGGAGCGGACGACAUCAGCCUUACAUCUAUAAAGGAGGCAGUUAGGCGUGGAGAGAGUCGCUUAAAUUUGGACAAACUUCACAGUAACAUGCUGGAGGUGCAGGAGAAGGAGGCGCAACCCAGGCACGCCGAUGGUGGCAGCGGCAACAGCGGCAUCGGUGACGAUCAUGAUGGCUUCCUGUCAGAGCCCUACCUCGGAGCGAGUAAAACAAGCAAUCCGUACAAAUUCAAUGACGAAUAUAGAAACCUGCAGUGGGGACUAGACCUUGCCAGGCUAGACGAAACACAGGAACUGAUAGACACCAACCGAGUGACUGCGACAAAGAUCUGUGUAAUUGAUAGCGGAAUCGAUUACAAUCAUCCCGAUUUAAGAAAAAACAUCGACGUCAAUUUGAAAGAGCUAGUCGGAAGAAAAGGAGUAGACGAUGACAACAAUGGAAUCGUGGACGAUGUGUAUGGAGCCAAUUUUGUAAAUAACAGUGGUGAUCCCAUGGACGACAACUAUCAUGGAACCCAUGUGUCCGGAAUCAUUUCCGCCGUUGGAAAUAAUGGCAUCGGCGUAGUAGGAGUCGAUGGGCACUCUAAGCUAGUGAUAUGUAAGGCUCUAGAUCAGCACAAGUUGGGACGAUUAGGAGAUAUGUUUAAAUGUAUUGAUUAUUGCAUUAGUAGAAAAGCACAUAUGAUUAAUGGAAGUUUCUCAUUCGACGAAUACAGUAGUAUUUUCAACGCAUCGGUGGACUACUUACGAUCGUUAGGAAUCCUUUUCUUCGUCUCAGCAAGCAACUGUUCCCAUGAUAAGAUGAUGAAACCGGACAUGACGAAGUGUGACCUUGCCGUUAAUAAUAAGUACCCUCCUCUAUUGUCCAGGACACACGACAACGUCAUUUCUGUUGCGAAUUUAAAGAAAGAUUUAGAUCAGAGUUACUCCUUAUCUGUGAACUCCUUUUACAGUAACAUUUAUUGCCAGUUGGCUGCCCCUGGGACAAACAUAUAUUCUACGACUCCCUUGAAUAGUUAUAGAAAACUGAAUGGGACUUCCAUGGCAUCUCCUCACGUCGCUGCAAUCGCUUCUAUCAUUAGGUCUAUUAACCCUAAUUUGACUUAUCAGGAAAUUGUCGAGAUAAUGAGGAAAGCUAUUGUGAAGCUGUCCUCGCUGAAGGGGAAGGUCUCCUGGGGGGGCUACGUGGACAUCCUGCGCGCCGUCAACCUCGCCAUCGACUCCAAGGAGGCGCCCUACAUCAAGUCGCAGAGCUGGUUCAGCUGGAAGAAGCGCGCCCGAUGA